AUGGCUCUUCUGGACUGCGUGGGACUGUGCUUCCCGUGCAUCUUCAACACAACGCCCGUGCUGAAGAUCAACCAGACAUCGUUCAGGAUCCUCAAUCUGCUGGGCGAGGGCGGUUUCUCCUACGUGUACCUUGUGCAAUCGAAAAACAACCACGGCUUGUAUGCGCUCAAGAAAAUACGCUGCCCGUUCGGCAACUCUAACUUCAAGGCCGCCAUGAAGGAGGUGGACAACUACCGCGAAUUUCGCUCGCCCUACAUCAUCAAGUCGAUCGACUCGUCGGUUGUCCAGGAGCCAGACGGCUCCAAAACCAUAUACAUCCUGCUGCCCUACUUUGAAAAUGGCUCGUUGCAGGACAUCAUUAACAAGAACAGCGUGAACAACGCGCGCAUGGACGAAACUGAGGCGCUGCGAUUGUUUGUCGGCGUCUGUCGCGGACUCCAAUCAAUGCAUCGUCACCAGGUCUCUAAGAACUACACGAUUGUCUCGUCGAUGGAACCAAACGACAGCGACGGAGCCGACGAAAAUAACCCCUUCCUGAGCAACGUUGAAGAGAGCAUACGGGAUGGCACAGAGCUACAGGAAACGGUUAGUUUUGCACACAGAGACAUAAAGCCGGCCAACGUCAUGCUGGCCAAGGACGGCACGCCGGUGUUGUGUGACCUGGGCUCGUGCGAAAGGGCGCGGGUCAGCAUCAAGUCGCGGGCCCAGGCCAUCACCGUCCAGGAGCUUAGCAAUGAGCACUGCACUCUGCCGUAUCGCGCGCCAGAGCUGCUCGACAUCAAGGUCGGCGACAAAAUCGACGAGAAAAUCGACAUCUGGUCGCUCGGCUGCACGCUGUACGCGCUGCUGUACGGCUACUCGCCGUUCGAGCGGGAGGAGCUCGUCAACGGGGCCAACAUCACGCUAGCAAUCAGCUCGGGCAGCUACAGCUUCCCACCAACGCCAGAAUACUCGCCCGCGCUCAAGGACCUCGUCCGCUACUGUCUCGUGGUUGACCCGGCCCAAAGACCGUCGAUCGAGGACGUGCUGACCCGUGCGCUAGCGGUGCAACGCGAGGUGUCAGGGUAGGGUGCGAGGUGUGACUAGAAGGUGGAACCGGAAAAAAAAAUAAGUGUAAAGUAUUUCUUUCGUGUUCAUGACCUCGUACCAGAACGGCACGGCGCAGAUUCCGGGCUGGAACGACUGUCCGGACACAGUGCUGAACCGGAGCCAGACGAAUCUGGCGAGCUUACCGAGCGCAGACGCGGGGGGCGGUGCCGAUCUGGCCGGAAUUCGGGAGAAAUUGCGCGAGAUCUUGGCCUUGCCAACCACGCUUUCCGAGCGCGAGCUGGCCUAUCACCGAAACAAGCUGGAGAAGGCGACAGAAAGCGUGGAGAAUUUGAUUUUUGCGGGCGCCAUGGUCGAUCUGAGCCGGCAGGGUGACCAAAAACAGCUGGAGCAGAGCAUUUUGGAGUACAUGAUGGCCAAGUCGAACGGCAGCUGGUGUGGCUCGCUCAAGAAGGUAUUGGUGCACGCCAAAAAAUGAGGGCAUGGGCCCAUCAACGUUUUGAUCCCCAACCGUCUCCGUUUGUGAGGAUGGCCUGUCAAAUUUAGCAGUGCUGGUUAACUCGAGCUAUUCCCUGAUGUGGAAAAUUGGGCUUUCCGGCACACACCGUUUUUGUCGACAGCCACUUAAGGACACGAGCAGAGCACGCAACUUGAUAGGAUGUCCUGCUGGCGUGACAGCACAGGCGGUUGUCUUACUAGCGAAUCUGUCGGGAUGUGUAUUGGGCUUGCUACCAACUACAUUUGCUUGAAUUACCAUUAAAACUCAUUUAGAUAAUACAUGUCUAAAACUAUAUGAGCCUAAGCAAGUUACAAUAAGAGAAGGGCCAUACCUCCGAGGACGGCAGCUCCAGCAGGAGCAAUGGCCAUGGCAUCGUUCUCAAACGUGCUGAUGGCCGAUGAGGAGCAGUUGCCCGGGCAGACGGUAUUGAUUUCGGUUGAGACAGCGGUGACUCGGGAAGUGACAGAAGUGACGGACCCUGAAUGGUAGGUCGAGGUCAGGGAGGAAGAAGACGCGUUUGGACCGGUGGACGAGCCUGAAGCGGUACUGGCACUUGACAGAGGCUGAGGCUUGACGUUUUUCAAUGAAAUGGCGGUGCAGCUGUUGGAAGGGACGUUUUCCGAGUUUUUGUAGUACAUGAGCUCAUACAAGGUGCUGGAGUACCUGUACGGGUCGUUGGUGUUCUUACAGGCGUAGAAACCGUCGCUGGAGCCGUUCACCUGAAGAGUGCCAUCGCUGUCAAAGGUGAAGCUUUCGUAGCCAAUGGUGGCUCCCCAGGCAACGUAUGGGGCCCCUCCCAAGGUGAUUGGGAAGUCGUACUGGGCCUGUGGGGCAAUAAGCUUUUUUGUGGCGGCGUCGUAGUCCCAGGUGUAGCUGGAGCCGUCGGCCAAGAAGAGGUAGUCGAGGGCGGCUCCCUCAUGUCUUGGCUCGAGCCCCUUGCUGCGGAAUUCUGCGCUGGGGGCGUCAACGUAGAGACUAACCUUUUCGGCCAGGACGGAAGCAACGGUGGUAGCAAGGGCUAGUGUGGAGGAAAAUCUCAUUGUACGACUCUCAGGAAAAG